AUGGGGAGUCAGGCUGGAGAUCGAGGCAAGUGGCAGGGGACCUCAGGCACGGUUGAGAGGCAACAGGGUAGCCUGGACCGGGCUGGCCCGCGAGGUGGCAGCAGUGCUCGGCAGGAGCUGAUGAGGGCAGAGGGGGAGGUGUCGUUGCGUGGGGAAGAGGCAGUCAGGGAGCCAAUCAUGCGACGUACGAGCCCAAAGGGAUUUACGAUCCCAAAGCCGGUUCGCACGCCUAGGCUGUCGCGUGCAACUGCUCUCUCGGCUGGCACUGAAGGAGAGACGCAGCUGGCAAAGCGUCGACGUCGGGCGGGAAGGCAGGAGGAGGUGAGUGUGGGGACGUGCACGGCGCCACUCCGAUCGGGUCGGAAGCCGCGGGGGGAAGCAGACCGGAGCAAGGAGGCUAGGAGCAGGGUGGGGUCGAAACCAGGCAAACGGGUUUUGCGUAAGGGGGAGGUGAAGGUCGAACCUCAGCUGCAGCAAGCAGCUAGGCGACGCAAAUUGUUGUUGGAGGAGUCGGAGGAGGACGAGCCGCUAGCUCCUAUUUUGACGAGGGCGGGAGGGAGUGCACAGGAGGGGGCUGGCGGGGGGAAGAAAGUCUCUUGCACUGCCUUGGAUGGGAACCCUCCCGAGAAUGUCUCGUCUGGGCGUGUUAGUAUGCGAACCAGGCAGCAGUCUAGCAGGCAGGAGGGUGUCGAGGAAGAGGUGGUGGUGGAGGACGCGCAGCAGGCGGCGGGCAAACGUAAAGGGAAGAUGGUGGUGGUGGAGGAAGAUUCAGAGGAAUGGGAGCCGCCUUUUGAAAGCAAGGGAGUGGGGGAGGAGGGCUCAGACGCUACUCUAUCGGAUGGAGUGGCAGACCAGUUCGAGAUUCGGUCAAGGGCCCCUAGAGGGUCUGAUUCGGCUCAUCAACCAAACCUUGCGGGUAGGGUCAAGCAGGUUGUUCAAGCAUUUGAAGCUGGUACUGUGGUGUUGGAGGAAGGAGGAGGAGUUGAAGAGAUGAUCAAUGUGACCGAUGCUCCUGCUGUGAUUGAUGAGUAUGGCUCGAAUGUAUCGGUGAUGGGGAUGGGAGGGAGGAAGCGUUCAUGGAACAUGAUUGCUGAAGAGGCUGAAGAAUCUCCCACGGUGAAAAGGCAAUUUGUGGAAGCAAGUGGGACUGAGGAGCUGAUAUCGGUGGAGGAAGACAGCCGGAAGUGGCCCCAGGAGGAUAGAUGA